AUGUCUGUAAACCCCAGAGUUGUCCACAAGCGAAGGGAAACGAUCACAGCCCUGCCUCUCUAUUACUCUGGACACCUGCAGAGGAAGAACUCCAAUGAACAGGUGAGGAUGAGGACAAAUGUCAAAAUACGUUAUCAUGGCUGUAAUUAUAAACGGAUGUGAAAGCUGCGUGGAGAGCAGGUGUUUAAAACUGCAGAUGUCAUUUUAGGAUUUUAAGAAGUUCUUUGGAGAGCUCCGUGGAACGACUCUCUUUCUGUAUGAAGAUGACACACAGCACACAGUAAGCACUCUUAAUCUCUCUUUUUGUUGAGUUUUAUCUGCAGAAUGAUUAAUAAAAUUACAACCUGUCACAAUCAUUUCACAUUAUUUGAGAUAUCUUACUCUUUAAGCAUGUUUCUGAUCAUUUCAUCUUGUUAAAAUACUUUUUAGUACUCAGAAAAGAUGAACCUUGAGAAGCUUAAGUCUAUGGAGCUUGUCGGUCAUUAUCAACAGAAGGUGCCAAGUACCUUCAACCUCAAUCUCCACACAGAGAAGGUGCAGCUAAAGGUGUGUGAAAGUUUUUCUUUUUUCAGCAUAUCAUAUUCAACCCCAGUUUAUAAAUACACUCUGGCUCUAACAUGGAUGUUGGUUUCACUUGGUGACCUCUACCUGAAUUGUUCCACUUGUUGAUUAACUUUUUUUGUUAUAACUGAACAGAUGGACAAUCUUGACAAAGGAAUGGAGUGGAGAGGUUACAUCCUUACUGUGAUUAAAGUAAGCAAACACAUCUAUAGAAACAUGACAACACACUCGGAUUGGUUGAUGAUCAACCAGCAGACUAUCUGCUGAGUGUGCAUAAAAAAAGCAAUAACAAACCCUGCUCCAAGAGAGCAUACUGACUGAGUUGAAGACUCCUACAUUGCAGUCUUUGUGUGCUGUAGUUGCUUUUAAAAUAUAUGUUAUUGAAUGAGCACAGCAUGGAGUUUAUUGUUCCAAUUUCUUUCUUUUUUGUUUAAAAUUAAAAAGAAAAACAGUGUUGAUAUUGAGCUCUGUUUUGCUGCAGAAAGAGGUUCCCAGUAAGCUGCUUCCCGGUCAGAGAUUGCUGCUGGAAGAGGUCUUAGCUCAGGAGAAGAAAAGAGUCCACCCAGGGCACCGACCUCCCCUUCCACCUCGACCUGACUUCCUGUGUGCAGCCUCUCCCUCCCCUAAACAUCCUAAAGACGAGCCCGACCACAAAGCCUCCACAAUGCCAGAGUAAGUCAUCAAGUCUACCUAUGAACCUCAUCACUCUGAUAAACUUUAUCUGCCUUUCAAACAACAAAGUACCCAAACACUGAGUAAUGAUUAGAGAGUCAUUUUUCAGCUCACCAUAAAUUUAAUCAGCUGAUCACAUGAUGUGUGUAUCAUUGCUGCCCUUUGGAACAAUAUGUCUGCACUUUUAUUACCUGAACACGUAAUGUUGGAGUGUUUAUUUCUCCUGGUUCCUGCAGAUGUUUCUUUAAAGUGAGUCGAGAUGAAGCCGAGAAGAUGUUAGAGGCAAACCCCGAAUAUGGAAGCAUCAUCCUCCGCCCGUCAACUCGGGCAAAUAACUACGCCCUCACCCUCAGACAGCUGACGGCCAGGUCUGACCUUACAUAUCAACAUGUGAAGAGUAUGAAUGGGUGGAUGGAUGAUUGAUUUGAUGGAUAAAGAUGUUUGUAUGGUUGGAUGAAUGGAUGGGUAGAUGGAUGGAUCAUUUUCUUGUAAAGAUGGAUGGAUUUACACAAUAGAUAGAUAGAUAGAUAGAUAGAUAGAUAGAUAGAUAGAUAGAUAGAUAGAUAGAUAGAUAGAUAGAUAGAUAGAUAGAUAGAUAGAUAGAUAGAUAGAUAGAUAGAUAGAUUUUGAAAGCAGAAGGCUUAAACUCCUCUUCUUCUUGUGAUUCAGUGGAACUGCCAUGAAGAACUUCAGAGUGACGCCCGCAAAAACAGGAUUUGUGAUCGAGCUGGACAAACCAGUAAGCCUCACAGCCUCAUUAAAUUCACUAACAUUAUACAACAUUUAAUCAAUAAUACAUUAUUUAUUGUCUUAAUAUAUGCAGCAGCAGAGAGUGGAUCAUGCUCUUUUUUUAUAUUAAAAGGUAGUUGUGUGUCCUCCUCUCUGCAGGUGACUCUUUCCAGCUUGAACGAUGUGAUCAGUUACUUCCUUAAAAAGACUGAGUACCGUCUGCAGCCCUACAGAGCUUCUCAGCCCUACGACACAAGUAUUGGUGAGAGCAAAGACUGCUGUUUCAUUGUUAAUUCUUCCUGUUAGUUAUACAACUCCUUACUGUGUAAAUAUGUGUGUUCGCCAGAUGUGCCUCCUGCUCCAAAGUGCAUAAACAUCUCUCCACCUUUACCUAAAACGGUACCCAAGGCACAGGUGGCCCCGAUGAAGCGCACAGAGACCAAACCAGAGGAGAGUGAUUAUGUGGUCCCUGAUGACUGCGCACCUGAAUAUCUUGACCUAAAUCAGAGUAAAAGUAAGUGUACAGACCUGUUUUACUUAAAGCAUCCUUUGAUUUUAUAACAAUAAUAAUAUCAAGGUAAUUAUCCAAUAUGAUUGUGAAAUGUCUGCCUAAAUGACUGACUAAUGUUUGUUUUUAUCACUAGGUCAGUUCGAUGGAGAGCUUCGGGAGGCCUUGAAAUCGAGGAGAGCAAACAUCUACGCUGCAAAUGAAAAGGAAGAACUUUCAAUAUAUCAGAAUCAAGCCUCUAGUAAAUCACAGUCAGUUGCAGUACAGUGGGAUAAAGACAGUUCUGCAGCGUGA